AUGGCAGACCGUUCUAUAAAGCACCCGGUGAGAGUUCUUGAAGAUAUCCCGGUGAUGAUUGAUCAAUACUUUAUACAGGGAGAUUUUGUUGUUCUUGAUAUAGAGGAGAAUAUCAAGGUCUUCAUAAUCCUUGGUAGGCCUUUUCUAGCUACUGCUGGGGCAAUCAUUGAUGUGAAGAGACGAAAACUUGUGAUGGAAGUGGUUGAGAACAAUGUUGAGUUUAACAUAUUCAAGAUGACCAAACACCAACCCUCCUAUGUAGAUGAGUGUCACAUGAUAGAUGAUAUGGUGGAAUGCAGUGCUGAGGUCCGGGAGAAUAAGUUGGGAGAUAUGCAAGCAAUCUUAGCCACUCAUGAACCUCCCGGGAAAAAAGCAUGCUCCGAGAGGUGUGAGAAGUUUCUUUGGCCAUGA